ACCUGAUCCAGCUGUUGUGCAGAGGACUGCUGUAACCAUAGUAAUAGCCUGUAUAAUUUAUCAGCCCACAGUGGUAAAAACAUGGAGCAGGAUUGUAUCGCUGGUCUGUACCGAUCUCUGGGUGUGUCUGUCGGAGCAGAGUUUUCCUCUGAAGAUGUGCGUCUCCUCUAUCACAAAGUGUUUCGCGUUCCCUCCGACACUGAUGAAGCACAUGUUGCCAUGAAGAAGAUCGCAGAAGUUGACAAUAGCUGGUCAUGUGUUGGUGAAAAUGUGUUGGAUGUUCUCCUAGAAAUGGAAAGGGAAAGGGAAAAGAAGGAAAAGCUCUACUGGGACCUCCAGCUACUAAAUGUUGGAAAUCUCAACACUCUCUAUGUGAUGGACAAGCCAGCUAUCAUCGAUCCUUAUGUGCUGAAUUGCCUGCACCAAAGCACAGACCCAAAUACUUUCAAAAAAGCUCACAACCAAUCAGAGUCAGGAUCUUUACAGUCAUGCACCAUUGACACAGGCAGUUUACAGAGGGAGAGACUGGUGGGGAGAAAAGAGCAGUAUGGGAGUGUGAAGAGACUCAAGAAGGCAGCCAGGCAGUGCUGGGCCAGACUGGCAUCAGAGGGUGCGCAAAGUGUAUUGCCCUCUCCCUGGCAAGGCCAAAGCCUAGGGGUUAGAGGUCAGGCCUGGGGCUGUGUGUCCCUCUCAGACGUCCUCCUCUUGGUGGUGGUGAAGUAUGAUGUGGUGACCCACUUGCUUUAUACAGAAAUGCUCCAGGAGCACUACACUCUGAGUAUCUGGGAGACCCUGAUGCCAUGGCAACAACACAAGGAAGAGGAGGGGCUGGAGGAUCUUGCAGAGGAGGCUUUGGAGUCAGGUGACAUGCUCCGUUUGGCUGAGCUGCCAGGAGCAUUCAGGAUAUACAGGGCCUGUCUUGGAGCGUCUUUUAGAAGCCGCCUUGAGUCCAGGGAACAGUCUUGGUCUGCCGUUUCGCUCCUGUGUGAGUUACACACAUUUCGUCAACAAGAAAGGGACACACUAACAGUCCUGGGCAAGAGGCUGGACAGGGAGAGCCUGAGACUGUUGUGUCUAUGCAUCAGGUUGGCAACUCUCAGAGCUCAGAGAGAAAAAAUGUCCUACAGCGCUCUUCUUGCAGCUCGGCAGUCCUGGGAGACAUGGCCACAUGUUAAGAGUCCAUGCAGAGCAGAGCAGGCGGCCCUGUGGCUACAUGGGGAAGAGGAAGAGCAAAAGAAAGACUUUAUCUCAGUAUCGCCACAGCAGCAGGCAGUGCUGCAGUUGCUGGUGCUGACUCAGGAGCAGGAGAGGAAGCACCUGGUCAAGUUGGUACAUGGGAUCUCCCUAGAGGAUUUGCAAGAGCCAGGUUGCACAGUGCCUCCAAAGGAGGAUAAUCAUACACAAGCUGCUUUAAGAAAUAGCUGUAUAAAAAGGCUGAGACAAAUCCAGGCUGACCUGCAGACACACAAUGAGACUCAGAUCCCCUUAAAGCAAACAAACCCUAAGCCACAACUCCAGCCCCAGCCCCAGCCCCAGCCCCAAAUGCAGGUCCACAUAAGCAGACAACCCGCAAUGUGGUCCCAACACCAGCUGGAGGAUUGUUCCCUGCUCCUCUUGACCCAUCUGAUGGAGCUCCAGGAGGUUCAAGCUUCUGCAUUACUUUCAGCAUUGAUGGACAAGAGUGUACAGGGUGUCCAAGCUCUGCGACAUGAGUAUGAAUCUGAACUUCAAGCACAGCGUUACACCAACCCACUCCAACUCCUGGUCUCCGAUUCCCCUCUUACUUCGGGCUCUAUUCUUACUCCUUUUCCAAACUUAACCGACAAUCGCAGCAAUGAGCAAAUCACAGCUCAGUCCUGCUGCAGUGGACCAGUCAAAGCUCAAAACAGCAGUGGAGGGCCAGCUGGAGCUCCAAGGGUCGAUUCAAUCAGAAGGGCCAGCAGAGAACUGAAUGGGGUGCAAGCUGCAGAUGGGGUUGACAAACAGGACGUCUGUACAGGUUGUGGAGUGGCCAUGGAGGACCUGCCCUACUUGGAGAUCUUGUGUGUAUCAGAUGCAGCAAGUAAUACCCAUCAGAGUCUUGCUGCAGAGGGAGGAGCCCAGGAAGAAGAAGAGGGCAGUGCACCAAAGAGCCCCCAGAGCUAUGAGAAACAGGGCUCACUGAUCGCCGUUGCUUGGAGCAAACCACCAGAGGAUGACACUGACUAUGAGGCAGAGGCUGCAGUUGGGGGCACAGGACAGAGCCAGGAUGCUGAGAGCAGUCUGAAGACCCAAGUCCAGACAAGUGACAUGAGCAGCACAGGUGGACACGCAGAGUGUGAGGAGACUUCUGGAGAGAGAGAGAGAGAAGAUCUGUUCCUGUCUGCUUCCACAGGUCAGCCUGACGCACAGUCUGCAGACCAGCAGUGCAACAUAGUAGGACAGUUGACUUUGGAGGAGAGAGCAACAGCUGAUCAACCAGAGAAGGGCAAAGCUGUAUCACACUGUGACCUGCAAACACAUGCUUUGGUAGCAGAGACCCUGCAGGCUGUACAACCACUCAAUCUCUUGGUUGACCCUCCUGAGAUUAAGCGGUAUGCUGGACUAACCAAUGAGAAUGUGGAGAGAGAAGUGGUUGAGAUGGAAAUGUGUCCCACUGCAACAGAGUCAGAGCCGUGGGACCAGAGAGGGCCUGAACCCGCUCACGCUGAGGACCAGAAAUAUAAUUCACAAGCCACAGUUGACUGUAGCCCUGCAGAGAGGGAAUCAACACUGAUGGAGAGAGAGCGAGCCACAGAACCAAUCUCGGCAGUGGAGAGAGAACGGACAAUGCGCAACCUGGUGGACAUGCAAAGAAAGGUCGAACAGAGGCAGCAGAGAGAUAGAGAGAGACAACUGCUGAGGGUUCAGGAGCGUCUGUUGAUCAUCCAGAACAGGAAGGCAGAGGAAGACCUGCUUGGCCUGAAACACACAGACAGGCUAAGGCACCUCACACAAGAUCUACCACAGGAGGAUAAGAACCAGCAGAAGACAGUUGUCAAAGAGAGACUGGAGCAGCUGAGAAGAGAGCGUUCCUAUGUCAUGCAGUCCAAACGAGACAGGAAUACUGCAGGAUUUAAAGAGCUCCUGGGUCCAGUAGCUCUCCACAGUAGAGAAACAGAUGAUGGAGCAGAUUGAGAAACUACAGCUGCUUAAAUCCAUGUCUAGUUAAAUAACAAAUUUUAGUGAGUCCUAUAUUCUUCAUAAUGGUUGUCAACACUGUCCAACAGGCGACGUCCGAUCACUAAAUACCACGACAAAUGCAUGGUUUUCUAAUGAUUUAAAAUCUAUUAAGCCACAUUGUUUCUUAGAAAAUAUUCUGCUGUGUUCAAGUGUAAUGCUGCAGAUUUUGUAUCAGUGUCUGCCUUACCGUUUGUCUGUGAUCAUAUAAGCACACAUUUAAAAAAGUCUUGAAAAUGCAGGGUGUGCAUAUGAAAUAAAACUUCUCAAACGUG